AUGAAGGACAUGAAAUCAUUGACACAGGGCCGUAAGCCAGAAGCUGACCAUCAACAUUCUCCCGAACUUUACAUCCAACAAGGAGAAAUGUCGAAACUGUCCAUCUCCAACGUUGCCAUAGCCGGUGGCACCGGACGUCUCGGCCCAUCGAUUAUAAAGUAUCUGCUGCAAAACGGCUUCAAAGUCAGUGUGCUGACUCGCGACCCCUCAUCUGCAAAAUUGCCGAGUGAAGUCCAAGUCAUCAAAGCAGAUUAUACUUCAGCAGAGACUCUGACUCCCAGUCUGGCAAAUCGUGGUUUUGACGCAAUCGUCAUCAUCCUCAAUCGCCUCGCUUACGAUGCAUCCAUCAUCACACUGCAAGCUGCUGUUAACGCUGGAAUCUACCGAGCCAUCCCGUCUUAUUUUGGGAUCUCGCUGGAUAAUCCCGAGAUUGCCAAUAUGCCAUUCUUGAGGGCCAAACUACCUGUAUACAGGGACGUUGAAGAUAAAGCUGCAAAAGGCGAAAUCACUUACACUGGUAUCAAUACUGGCAUGUUUCUAGACUGGGUUCUCGAUCAAGAUAUCUUUGUGGGCCUCUCUGGAAAGAUACCUACCCGCAUAGCAGAUGGCGGGGACAUUCUAAUGUCCGCAAGCAGCCUCGAUGACAUUGGAAAGGCCAUCACAGCAGUUCUUGCGAAACCACAAGAAACUAUCAAUAAGGUCUGCUAUAUGCACACAGUUGUCAUGACCCAGAACCAAGUCCUGGGUUACGCCAGUGAAGCCGCCCCGCAAAGACAGUUCGUUGUCGAGCAAGUGGACACAGUGACUCUGGUCGAAAAGGCGUGGGAGCGAUGGGACCAAGGCAUCAGGGACCGCAUCUCGACAAGGGAUUUUGUCACUCGAGCAAGCUACGGUCUGGGUAAUGGGUUCUUCACUAAGACCGAUAAUGAGUUUCUUGGCAUUCGACAGUGGAAUGAUGAAGAGCUGAGAAGGGAGAUCUUGAGGCGCGUCCAGGCAAAUACCCACAGCGCUUGA